UGGCUCGUGCGUGCGUUUGUUCAUUUUCAAUAUGGCUUCUCUAAGUAUAAUGGUGUGCUUUUAAUAUUUUUGUGUAAAUUUGUCUUUAUACUUCUUUAUGCCAUGAUGUUUUGUUAAUGUAAUGGAUUAUUACACAUGUGGUUUUAAUAUUAAUGCGUAGCAAACAAUUUUCAUUCGUCUUAUUGUAAGUGAGCUGAAAGUGGUUCUUUACGGCGGGGCAUCCAUUGAUCGGCUUAAACGUGAAUGUAUUGAUUUUAUAAUUCACCAAGAUGAUGAUGUACACGGGAACUAGUACUGAACAAGAUACCCGCUUCAGCGACAAGGAGAAGAAAUUAAUGAAGCAAAUGAAGUUUGGAGAUUGUUUGACCCAACAGGUGGACAUGUCCAAGGUGAAGCUGGAUGUCUUGAAGCCAUGGAUCACCCAGAAAAUUACUGAAAUACUGAAGAUGGAAGAUGAUGUUGUCAUCGACUAUGUCAACAAUCAACUUGAGGAAAAGUUUCCUUGCCCUAAGAAAAUGCAGAUCAACCUGACUGGAUUUUUGAAUGGAAAAAAUGCUCGUCUCUUCAUGGGCGAGUUGUGGGAACUGUUGCUGAGCGCUCAAGCCAGUGAAAACGGGAUACCGGAGUCCUUCACGCAACAGAAGAAAGAAGAAAUAAAGAAGAGAAUGGAAGAACAAAAGGACAAGGAUAAGGAACGUCGUAGAUCGCGGUCGCGCUCGCGGUCUCGUCGGCGGUCCCGGGAGCGUCGUCGUUCAUCACGCUCCAGGUCUCGCGAUCGAUCUUCUGACAGGAAGCAUCGCAAUGGGGGAAGUCCUCGGCGUUCAAGACGACGCAGUCGCGAAAAGAGCAGCCCGGUGAAGCAGUCCCUUGUUGAUGAGAUUAAGCUACCUGAACCCAAAGAAAAUGGCAAGUCUCCAGAGAAGAAAGAAGAGGAAGAAACAAAGGAAGACUUGAACCACACAUCAAACUCUGAUACUGUAAAAGAAGAAAAUAAUGAUACUACUGUAAAGGAAGAAAAUACAGAGGGUGAUGGUCAAAAGUCUAGAUCUGCAUCACCUGCAAAGUCCACUGGUGAAAAGGAGGCAGAGGACAACAAGCCUGCUGAUAAAACUCGACAUUCAUCUAGUGAGAGGCGUUCUUCCUCAGCUUCAUCUCGCGGUAGUGCUAAGAAGAGAUCAUCACAUAAAAAACGUCAGUAUCGCUCCAAUCGCGAUUCCUCUACAAGUGUAAGCCCAAGGCGUAGUUCGCGCAGAGAAAGGAGUAAGUCACGAAGACGUAGCAGCCGCCGCCGGUCAGUCGAUCGUCGUGACCGGGAGAGAGAACGAGAAAGAGAACGCGAACGCGAGCGAGAGAGAGAACGUCGGCGUCGAGAGAGGGAGAGGAGAGAGAGGUCGCGAGAACGUCGACGAUCGCUUGAAAGACGUAGACGAUCGCGUUCACGCUCUCGACGACGUUCAAGGGACAGAUCUCGCGACCGACGCCGGUCGAGGUCUCGCAGGCGCUCGCGUUCGAGGCGUCGCUCGGGCAGGCGAUCUCGUGACCGUCGUUCUAGGGAUCGGCGUUCCCGUGAUAGACGCUCCAGGGAUAGAUCCAGGGAUAAAAAAUCUAAAGAACGCAGUACCAAGGAUAGAAGAUCAAGAGAUAGGAGGUCGCGCGAUAAAAGAUCUAGUGAACUUAUUAAAGAACGAUUGGAGAAGUCAGUCUCCAUUCCCAGAAAAGAUAAUAUUGAAAAAAUGCGGAAGAAGUCUUCAGAACGGCUAUCCAUAUCGCGUGAAGAAGUUUCCAAGGAACGUGUAAUUUCAAGCUCAAGUAGGGAAUCAUCAGUAGCACAUGAUAAAUCGACUACACAAAAUGAAACGCAAGUAAAAGUUCAAUCGUCUGAUGAUGAAAAGGAUGAUUUUAUACCUAUACCAACAUUAAGGGAAUAUUCUAAGAGUCUUUCACGUACGCCAUCUCCUUUCUUACGGAAACAUGAGAUAGAGAAUAAUAAGAAAUCUGAUAGAUCUGGCGAUGAUGCCUCUGGAAAAGAGCAUGUUGAUAUGGAGAAUAAAAUUAAAGAAUCUAAAAAAGGAAAACGUAAAGCUCACCAAUCAGAAUCUGAAAGUGAAAGCAGUGAGGAGGUUUCAAAGUCAAAGAGCAAAUCAAAACUCAAGCGUAAGGAAAAGAUUUCCUCAAAGAGAGCCAAAAAACCUAAGAAGGAAACUUCAUCUAGUGAAAGUGAGUCUGAAGAUUCUUCUUCUAGUGAUUCAGAGGAAGAUAGAAAGAAGAAAAGUAAAAAGAAUGCCAAGAAAAAAUUGGCGAAAAAAUCUAAGAAGAAGAGAGCUCGAUCAUCUAGCUCAGAGUCAAGUUCAGAGGAGGAAAUUAAACAUAAGAGUUCUAAAUCUAAACAGAAGAACAUUCCAGAAGAAUCUGAUAGUGAGAAAAAACCUAAAAAACGCAAUAAAGAUGCUAGUAUUGAGCGUCCAAGAUCAGAAAAAGUUGAUGCGAAACAAGUUAAGUCAAAGAAAAUUGAUAAUUCUGAAGACUCUCAAGAUGAUAGUUCUGACAGUGAUGAGAAAUCUAGCAAGAAGAAACUAACAAAACGAGAUUCUUCUAGUUCCGAAAAAGAUACUAAGCGUAGUAAGAAGGUGGAAUCAUCUAAGGAAAAGGUAAAUUCUCCUGACCUUGUAAAGUCAAGGAAAAUAGAAGAGAAAGUAGUAAAAUCUAAACACCAGGAAGAGAUUAAAACAAAAUCUCGUGAUGAAUCUGAAAAGAAAGCAAAAAAGCGUGAAAAAGAAGAAUCUUCUUCUGACAGUGACCAAGUGUCUAAGAAGAAAACAAAAAAGAAGGUUUCCGAAUCUGAGUCAGAUUCAGAUAGUGAUGAACCUAAAAAGUCGAAAAAAAAUAAAAAACACAAGAAACAUUCUAAGAAACACAAGAAGCACAAAAAACAUAAGAAAUCUUCAAAGAAAAAAGAUGAUUCUUCUGAUAGUGAAGAGCCUGAAGAAGAGGAAGAGGGAAGAGUGAACAAUGAAGACUUAGAGAAGAAGCUUCGUGAAAGAGCAUUAAAGUCAAUGAAAAAGCAAACAAGUGUGUCUGGUUCUGAUUAGCCUUGGCACUAAUUUACCCCAAUUGCGUGUGAAAACUCACAAUCAGUCUUUCAGGGGUAAAUAUUUUAAUUUUACUUGGAGUAAAUAUUUCGAAAAUUAUUGUAGAAAUAUAAUAGAAUGUAAUUUGACUUAAGAUUGUGUAUGUCACAUUGUUAGUAAUAAAGUUUAAAAAUAUUCAA